UGGAGCUCAGCUGUUAUAUCUGAAGGGGAGCAGACACAAAGUCUACUAAAUCGCAAACAAGUCAGCAGAAACUUCGCAGAGGGAGUUGGCCUGCAUGCAGUCUCUGAGCUUGUGGACUGUGAAGGCCACGUUUGACCUUGCUGACUGCUGAAGUUGUCUUGAGGAUGAGGUCUUACUACCUAAUGUACCUACUUCUGCUGAUUUCUGUUUGUACUGCAUGGGCUAAAGAUGGAAAUUCAUCUCCUCAAAAACAGCAAAGGAGAAGGAAUCAUAACAGGCGCAGAAGAGUUUAUUUAAAGAGUUCAUCUGGAAGGCAGCAACUGAUCCAGCCGUCUCCCAUUCCAGUUCCUAAAACAAGUGUUCCUUUGUACGAUGGAGAUGAUACUACAGUACACAUCUUGCAAGCAGUUCUAGGAGUCAAAGAGCAGGCACCAAAUUACAAUGUAUUGCCAGUAAAAAGAGGCCAUUGCAUGGUGAAUGGAAUGGUAAUGUAUGACAAGACCGUCUGGUCACCCAAGCCUUGUGUCACCUGCAUGUGUUCUAAUGGGAAAGAGAUCUGUGAUGAAACAAUCUGCCCUUCUCUCAGCUGCUUUAAAACCGUGACCAAGGAAGAUGAAUGCUGCCCAAGUCUGCUAACAUAACUUAACCAUUUUAUGCCAUGUUGUCUUUUUCCUAUAAAAGAACCUAACAGCAUAUUAGUGGACAAUAAGAUUGAAUUCUCUGGUGACUUUCCAGAACUAGACGACCGCAAUAAUAUGAUUUUAUUGAAGACCUUGCUUACUCAAGUAGAAAUAGAUAAGGUCAGGAAAAAAGAAGAAAAUAGCAAGAAAAUGGGAAAAAUAAUUAAGAAGGGGCAACAGAAAAAGAAAAACGAGGGGAAAAGGCCAGAAAAAAAGAAAAAAGAAAUGGCAUUGAAGGAUAAAGAGGAAGAGAGAAUGGAAGAGGAAAGAAGAAAAGCAUAUGAAGAGGAGGAAUUGAGGCUAGAAGUGCAAAUGAAACUGAAAAAAGAAGAGGAACUGAAGAAAGAAGAAAGGAGGAGGAUUAAAGAAGAGGACAGAAGCGAUGAGGAGGAGAGCCAUUUAACUAGAGACUGUAAGCCACAAAACAGAGGAGACUGUGACCAGAAAGAGGAAGAAGAAGAUGAUGAGGAUGAUGAAGAGGAUAUAUUAGAUGUUUUAAGGGUCCCAAGGAGGCGUAUUCCAAAUGUGAACAACCAUCCUCUACCCCCUGGAUGUUUCAUAUCAGAAAUUACUAUAAGCUGCUCUAAUGCUAAAAUGACAGGAAUUCCUCCAAUUUCAAAUUACGAUGUCAAAAGCUUGGAUCUUCUAGGCAAUUUAAUUACAUCAGUUCCAAAGGAUGCAUUCAAUGGAAUGCCAAACCUAGAAAUGAUUAAUCUCAGCAAGAACAAACUAACAGCCACAGGUAUAGAUCUGCAUGCAUUUAAGCCACUAAAGGAUCUAAAACGUCUGUACUUGGAUGGAAAUCUCCUUGACCGAAUCCCACCUGAGUUGCCAUCAACCUUGGAGGAGCUUAAAAUAAAUGAAAACAAACUUGGAGGCCUUGAGAAAGACAGCUUGAAAGAUCUGAAGAAUCUAGUAACUUUGGAAUUGGAAGGCAAUCAACUGAGUGAAGCAAAUGUCAGUCCUCUAGCUUUGAAGCCACUGCAACAUGUCACUUAUAUGCGUCUUGGUAGAAACAAGUUCCGAACUAUUCCACAAGGACUCCCAUCAUCUGUUAAGGAACUCUAUCUUGAAAAUAAUGAGAUUGAAGAGAUUUUGGAAGAAUCCUUGAAGCACACGGUGAAUCUAAAUCUGGUUGUGCUAAGGCAUAACAAACUGGAAGAAACAAAAAUAGCUGCAUUAACGUGGAUUCUUCAUGAGAACCUAGAAUCACUAGAUUUAUCUUACAACAAGUUUUAUCAAGUGCCAUCAUAUCUGCCAAAGUCUUUACUGCACCUCGUACUUGUCGGAAAUCAGAUUGAAAGGAUUCCAGGUUAUGUGUUUGCACACUUGAAUCCGGGGUUGGAAUAUCUCUACCUUUCAUACAACAAACUUAGCAACGAUGGAAUUGACCCAAUUUCAUUUCAUGGGGCAUAUCACUCAUUAAGAGAAAUAUUUCUUGAUCAUAAUGAAUUGACAAGUGUACCAGUUGGAAUGGAAGACAUGAAAGACCUCCAUAUUCUCAGGCUCAACAACAAUAAAAUCAAGACAGUGUCACCAAACUGUAUCUGCAAUGCUGAAGAUGACAGAGACUCAAACAUAGAAUACCUUCAUCUGGAAAACAACGCUAUUAAUACCAGAGAGAUUUCACCAUACGCGUUUUCCUGCAUCCGUUCCUACUCCAGUGUUAUUCUCAAGCCACAAAAGGUUUAACAGAAUAAACAAAACUCUCAAACUACUAAAUUCCUUCAUGACUUAAGACCAAAAAAACGUUCCAUUUAUUAAUUAGGCUUACAGAAGGAACUGAGCAGCUAAAACAUACAGCUGUCAAGAUUCCAGAAAUAUAGAUAUUCUGCUUAUGUAGCAUUUCAUGUGCGGCAAUGAUUGCAUUCAUACUGGAAAAAUAGUUUCCAGAGUUUGGAAGUCUGAUCUCACAAAAGUUUGAAAUAUAUUAUUUGUUUCCAGGACUACAGAGAGAAAGUCUAGUUUUCACAUUCCAAACCUACUAAGUCUGGGUAUAUUCUAGACUUACUAGUCAGUGCAGGAUCAUAAAAAAAUAAAUGUUA